AAGAGAACACUCCCAGAAACUUUCUCUAAAUAUCUCUUGUUCGUUCAAAGAGAGGAAGAAGAGGAGAGUUUGCUGGAGCUAGAGGCUAAGGAAGAGAGAGGAGUGUUGUCAGAUCCGCGGUGUGGUGAAGCCAGAUCAAUCAAUCUUCUUCUUAAAUCACUGUGAGUUGUAGUUGAUUGUGGAUGGUGCAUGAGCUUAAAAGCUCUUGCAUCAAUCCUUGUUUGUUUGCUUGUUGCAUGUACUUUUUGAUAGAAUGCAUGUAGACUAGCUAAGUUUUUAAGUAGACUUGCAUACAUUUCUUGAAAGAUUGCAUGAAAUCUUGGGGAGUUUGAAUUGGUGUUGCAUGGAUGAAAAACCGGUUGCAUGCAUAAAUUUGAGGAGAUGAGUUCAAUUUAUUUGGUGUAAGUGACUGCAAGAAUUUACUUGCAUAAAUUUCGGUUUAAAGGGAGUGCAUGCAUAAAGAAUCGGUUGCAUGCAUAGUGACGAGGAGUUGGAUUAUGUUUACUUGAUGAAUUUUAAGAUGCAAUAUGAGUCUUGCAUAAAUUCGGAUGUGUGGUGGCAUGCAUGAUAAAUCAGCUUGAUAAACAUGCAUAAUUUGAGAAGUUUAAGCCAGGUUUACUUGAUGAAAGAUCAGUUUACUUGGUGGGUUGAUUGCAAGAAUUUUCUUGCAUAUUUUUCGGUUAAAAAAGAGAUCGCAUGCAUGAGGAGAUUGGUGGGGAAAAGUGAUUUAAGGUUACUUGAUGAGAAAUUUCACGUGUUGGUUGAGUGGCACUAUUUUGUGCAUAAAAAGAGGGCAUGCAUGUGUAAAAAUCUUAAGUUGCUUGAUUUUUAUUCUUACUUCUUAAUGGUUGUUGUGGAAUUUAUUGCUUGAUUUUUCUUGCAAAAUCAUUGUUCGAUUAUCUUGCUUGAAAUUAUUUGGGUAGAGUAGAAGUACUUAAUUCUUUGUGUUGUUUAACUUAGAAUUAUGGUACUUGUUCUAGCUAAUUCGUGAAUAUAAGCUUCUGUUCAUCGUUUGGACUAGUGGUCGAUCUUCUGUCCCCGAAGUGAGUUGUGGAACUCCAGUGAGUUAAUCCUAAGUGAUCUCACAACAUGGACAUUUUGGUGCAUAGCUAGCUACUAGCCCGAACUGCUGCAUGAUGAUGCAGCCAAGUGAAUCCGGUUGGUUACCUCGGUCGUAUCAAUGCGAAAGGUGUGAUGGGUGGAUCUGGUUGGUUACCUUUGUGGUUUCAACAUGCAAGGUGUGAUGGGACGGGACAGAUUAUCAAAGGGCCCUAGGGAGUAAGGAGUCUAGAUUAAGUCGAGUUAUCUUGAUUUAAGUCUAGUCUUCUUUGCUUGACGUUGUGGAUGGUGGAUGUGGCAAGUUUGCCUAAGAUGGUUAAAAUGUCUAGAUUGGUCAAGUUCCUUGAUUGUGUUAAGCAUUCAUUGUUUUUUGCCUGCUUGACUUUACGCUUCCGCAUUGCGUGUUUGUUUACUUGAUGUUGCCCGGUAAUUGGGUGGGAAAUGGCAUGUUAGAGGGUACCCAGCUAAGAAACCAGUUAGGGUGUUUUCAUUCUGUUUGAAAAACCUUUGCCUUCUAAUAUGUUUUUUUCGAAAUGGAUCCUACUAUUUUUACUUUGGUAUUUUGUUUUAAAUGUAACAAUGUACCUAAAGUAAAUAAAAAGGAUUUUUGAAGUAUUCGGAUAAGUGACAUGGUAUGUGGCCUAGUUCGGGCCAACACAACGCCGCGUACGUACCAAAGGUUGAAAAGCCUAAGUGACAUUCACAGCGGGAAGGCAUCACCGGUGAACUGGCUGAGGGACCUGAUCCAUUGGUGGAAUCUCGGCCGGAUCGCGGACGGUCGCCUUCAGCGUAGCGUUCCUGGGUCGAUCCAUGGUUUGUCUGGUCAUAGGACGGUUCGGGAGCGUUACACACGAUGCUUGCAAUUUGAUCCCAAACAAAAUAAGUUACUUCGAUCGUUGAUUAAUGAAAUUUCAUUCAAAGGUGAUCUUACAUUUUGUUACGUAUAGUAUACUAAUAACCAAUUAUCUCAGAAAAGAAAAUGAAUAGACCGAUAUGAUUAGGAUUCUGUUAUCGGAAUAUCCAGCUCAACCAUCCCAAAGUAAUGAUCUGAUCGAUCUUAAAACGUUCAAUGUUUUUUGUCAACAAAACUCCCAAUGAUUGGUUAGUAGUUAGUACAUAUUUAUACAAUAAUUACACGAGAUUGAGAAAUGUUAUUAUGUGAUUCAAUAACUAAUUAAUCAAUGACAUGAGACAUAAAAAUGGUGCAUUGUCUUCCAAAAGUCAAUGAAUCAGACUCAACGACGUGGAUGGUGAAACAACACACAUGAGGACUAACCUAAUUAAUUUGUUUUAUAUAAAUCAAAUUAUCUACGUAAAACCAAACUAGAACACAUAACUGUUUGUCUGUUGUUUGUCUCUCAAAUGGUUGACCGUAAUACCGAUGUGGUCGUACAACUCGGUUCUUCUGGCACAAGUAUUUUCCGACCAGACGAAACUUCGACUUCAGAACCUCAGAGACCGACGACACAGUUCCCAGUUCCUGCGCCGGAGAAAAAACUAACCCUUUUUGCCUUACGACUUGGAGUUCUUGAGAAGAUUGCUUCACGGUUAGGAUCUUUAGGAUUCGUUUGGGCAACAGUUGUUCUUCUUGGUGGAUUUGCUGGAAGCUUAGAGACAACAGAUUUCUGGUUUGUUACUGUGAUUCUUGUAGUCGAAGGAGCUCGGCUUUUCAGUAGAAGCCAUGAGCUUGAACUGCAGCAUCAGUCCAAAUACACAAUCUCUGGAAUCAACAUCUUCCGGUUCCUUGUCAAACAAGUUAUCCAAAUAUGCCACCAGGCAGCUCACAUUGCUGAUGAGAACGACAAUAGAUCCUCGGUGCAGGAACCGAGAACAGAAGAAAGGCAUCCGGGGAAGACCGCGCGGACAAGGACAUGGAAAAGCUCAGAUGUUCCUAUGUUGCCUUACACAGGAUGGGUCUUUGUUUCAAGAAACGUGAGCAGAGUCUUUUAUUGGCUCCAGAUUGGCUCUGCUUUCGCCAGCAUUGCUAUCUCCAUGAUCAAACUCAUCAAGCAAGACUACGGAGACAAUGACUUGAAACCCAAAAGCACCAAUCUCCACUCUGCUUUGACUCUCUUCUACUCUCUAGCCCUAGCCGAGGCUGUUCUCUUUCUUGUUGAGAAAGCUUACUGGGAAUAUAUGAUUAGCGUUAUCAAGAUUCUUGAGAAAGUGAAUAAAGAAUGCGGUCUUGAGAACUUUGGCACGGGCUCGGUGAGAAGAUUCUUCUAUGAUGCCUACUCUAGAUGCCUCAAUGGGAGCAUCUUCGACGGAUUGAAGAUGGACAUGGUGAUCUUUGCCAUGGAGCUCUUGCUAACAAAUUCUCCUGAUGAGCAGCUCACUGGAGUUCAGAUUCUUUGUAGAUUCUCAACCCACAUAGACUACUCGGUUGAUACUCUACAGAAGAUUGGCACAAAUCUUGAAAUCAUAGAGAGGUUAGUGGAGAUGUUGAAUUGGAGAAACAAGAAUCAAGAAGAUGUGAGAAAGUCAGCUGCAGAGAUUCUCUCAAAAUUAGCUAGUAAGAAGCAGAACUCUCUGAGAGUGGCAGGGUUACCGGGAGCCAUUGAGUCGAUAUCUUCUCUUUUAGAGAGCACAAGAGAUUCAGGUCAAGCCACCGAUGAGAUUGGUGAAAAGAGUAUCAAUCAAUUAAACCUAUGGACGUUGAACAAUCUUGGACUACUGAUUCUGAAAAGGCUAGCUCGAGAUCAUGACAACUGUGGGAAGAUUGGGAAAACAAAAGGGUUACUUUCAAAGGUCAUUGACUUCACGUACGCUGAGAAGAGGUUGUUGGAAGAUUCAAGUGUUCCGGUUGCGGAGCCUUAUAAGAUCUUGGCUGUGAAACGGUCUUUGAAGCUGUUAAAGAAGCUGGUGAGCACGACAGGUGCAACAGGGAAGAACUUGAGGAUGAUUAUCUCUGGGAUUGUCUUCACAGUGAGCAACAUUAGGGAAACAUUACAACAUGGAAAGAGUAAACCUCAUUUGCAGAAGCUUGGUGCAGAGAUCUUGACUUUCCUUGCGUUUGACGAAGGUGCAACCGAGAAGAUUGGGGGAACGGGAGGGGUUUUAAAGGGACUUCUCCGCAUAUUCUUGAACAAUGAGAUUCCAGAGGAUAAAAUUGGUGUGAGAGUCUCUGCUGGUGAGUCUAUAGCUAUGCUAGCUCAAGGAAGUAAAAGCAACUGCCAACGUAUCUUGAGAUCAGAUGUUCUUCAAGAACUCGUUGAGGCGUUGAACAACCCGUUGAUUCGGUUGAAUGCAGCGAGAAUCUUGAGGAAUCUCUGUGCAUAUACAGCUCCUGAUCAGUUCAAUGAACAGCUGAAGCAAGUUAUUAAAUCUGCAGCAACAACAGUUCUUAUGGCAAUCAAGUCUGAAGAGAGAAAACCUCAAGAAGUUAUGGUGGGAUUAGCACCGCAUGUUCUCAAGUUGAUGAGUCUUGAAGAAUUGAGAUGGAUGUUCAAGAAAGCGAGAGUGGGUGAGGAAGAACUAGCAGAGGCAUUAGUCAAUAUUCUCAAGAGAUAUGAACAGCCAGUUCCAAAGGUUCCAAGAAUAAGGAGAUUUGCAAUAGAGCUAACCAUUGCGAUGAUGAAAGCUAAUCCUGAGACGGUCAAGACUUUCCAAAACCUGGGGAUGAAGAAUGAAUUAGAAACUGUUUUUGAGACCGCGGCUGAACUUGAGAACUUUGAUAUAUUCUCUGGCACGGUUGGGUUGGCACGCCAUGGCUCAACGAUCAAUGAACUCACUGAUGAAGCAAUGAUGUUGUUGAGUUAGACUAAAAAAUAGGCAACAAAUUUAAAGACAUUGAUGUUGUCUCAAACCCGAAUUGUUGUCUUUGCUCAUCAUAGGGCAUCUUUAACAAAUUGUCAAAUGGUCUAUAUACUAUAAUGUUUUGAGAUCAAAUGUUCAAUAAACUGCGUGAUGAUUAUGAUUUUGAUU